AUGAGCGCAGCAAAAGAUGCCGCUGAUCAAAAUUUUGAUUACAUGUUUAAACUCCUGAUAAUAGGGAAUUCAUCUGUUGGAAAGACCUCAUUCCUUGUCCGAUACGCUGAGGACAAUUUUACGUCGGCUUUCGUAUCAACUGUUGGAAUUGAUUUCAAAGUAAAAACUGUCUUCAGACAGGAUAAACGAGUCAAGCUUCAAAUAUGGGAUACCGCUGGACAAGAACGCUACCGGACAAUCACAACGGCUUACUAUCGUGGUGCGCUAGGUUUUAUCCUAAUGUAUGAUAUUACAAACGAGGAAUCAUUCAAUGCAGUUCGUGACUGGGUGACGCAAAUAAAAACCUACUCUUGGGACAAUGCUCAAGUUGUGCUAGUUGGUAACAAAUCGGAUCUGGCUGCCGAGCGUGCCGUAUCUGCAGAACGUGGACGUAAUUUGGCCAGUUCGCUAGGUAAGCCCCCUUGUUAA